ACCCUAGCAUUUGGGCUUUAUACCCAUCGAUAUAUAAAAAAAAACAGAACCAGAUUUCAUCACAGUUAUUCAAGUUCUGCAGAACCCUAGCCGCGAACCAGCGAAGGAGAUAGCAAACUUGAAGCUUUUUCAAUUCAACCAUGACAUUCAAACGUAGGAAUGGUGGUCGUAACAAACAUGGUCGUGGCCAUGUCAAAUUCAUUCGUUGUUCCAACUGUGGUAAAUGCUGUCCCAAGGACAAGGCUAUCAAGAGAUUUUUGGUUAGGAACAUUGUUGAACAAGCUGCGGUUAGAGAUGUUCAGGAAGCUUGUGUCUAUGACCAAUACACUCUUCCCAAGCUGUAUGUGAAGAUGCAGUACUGUGUUUCAUGUGCUAUUCACUCUCAUGUUGUGAGGGUUAGAUCUCGCACCGAUAGGAGGAAGCGUGACCCUCCACAGCGCUUCGUCAGGCGCAGGGAUGACGCACCAAGACCAGGUCAGCCUGGACAAGCGCCUCGCCCUGCUGUAGCUGGAGGAGCUCCCGUCCGUACCUAGAAACAAAGAGUUUUGGUUGUGUUUGAUCAGUGUUAUGUCAAGAACCCAAUUUCCUUUGCUUGUUUUUAAAAUUUUUGGUUUCGUGUAGACGUGCAAUUGUGAACUUUAGUUAUUGCGAGGCCUUUAUUUUGGAUCAUUUAAUAUAUGUUUAGUUUUUGAACUAUAUUAUGAAUCUCACAGUAUUCUAUUUCCUUUAUCAAUUGAAUGAUAUGGCCCUUUGAAA